AUGCCACUAAUAUUAUUUUUUGGAGUUGGUGGCAAUCUAAUCAAUUGUGCUGUUUUUCUCCAAAAAACAUUACGUUCAAGUAGUUAUAGUGUGUAUUUGAUUGCAUCAACAGUUACUCACACGAUAUUAUUAAUAUUGGCCAUGUCUACGAAUUUAUAUUCUUUUGGUCAUACAAAUCCAAAUACAUAUUCAAUUGCCUAUUGCAAACUACGUAAUUAUUUCAUCAGUUCUCUUUUCAAUAUGUCUCGAACAUAUAUUGUUUUGGCAUCCGUUGAUCGUUAUGCUAUCUGUUCACCUUAUGCUAACAUACGAGCAUUUAGUCGUCGUCAAAUAGCAUUGAAACUCAUUCCAAUAGUUAUUGGCAUGUGGAUUUUCAUACCGAGUCAUAAUGUUAUUCUCUCUACGAUUCAAAAUAAUCAAUGUAUCAUGCCUGGUUUGUAUAAAGUUCUCUAUGCUGGAUAUGCUGUGAUUUGUGCUGCUAUUUUUCUACCAUCAUUUACGAUUACUUUUGGUCUAUUAGCUCGUCGUAAUCUGCGACUCAUGCGAAGACGGAUUGUACCCGCUGGUACUAUUGAAGGAUCACGUACGUUUAUCAAUAAGGUUGAUUACCAAAUCAUGAAGAUGUUAUUCGUGGAUGUGACUAUCUAUUGCAUUACAAUAUUUCCAUUUCCGAUCACGACUGUUUACGGAGUUAUUACAAUGAAUACAAUCAAGAGUACAGAUCGUGCAGCCAUUGAUAAUUUUUUGUCACUUCUCGCUGGUUCAAUUUUACAAUAUUUGAAUGUUUCAUCAGCAAUGUAUUCAAAUUUCAUCACUUCUGUAGCUUUUCGAGAAGAAUUAAAGAAGCUGACCAUGCAUUGCAUUAGAGUUGGAAAUCGAUAG